AUGGAGUCGACAAUUAUGUUGUGGGUGCUGGUUUUUGUGUCUCUGGGUUUUUUGGCGAUGGUGAAGAAGAGGAAGAGAAGGCUCCCAGCCGGGUCGGUAGGAAUUCCGAUAAUCGGGCAAACCCUGGAGGUUCUGAAGGCAAUGCGAGCCGAUACAGCUGAGGAGUGGUUCCAAGAAAGGGCCCGAAAAUACGGCCCUGUUUCGAAGAUGAGCUUAUUUGGAAAGCCGACAAUAUUGGUAACGGGCCAAGCUUACAAUAAAUUCAUAUUCAGCAGCGACGAGCAGACGCUCUCCAGCAAGCAGCCAGCGUCGGUGACGCGGCUGGUAGGCGAGAGGAAUUUGUUCGAGAUGAGCGGCGAAGAUCACCGGCGGAUGAGAGGAGCAUUCCUUUCCUUUUUGAAACCAGAAGCCCUCAAACAGUAUGUGGGGAUGAUGGACAAUGAGAUCAGGCUGCACCUCGCCCAACAUUGGCAUCACGAUCAUGUUAUCUCGGUGAUGCCGUUGAUGAAGACACUGACGUUCAAUAUGAUUUGCACGCUUCUGUUUGGAAUGGAGAGAGGAGAGAGAAGACAAACCCUAGUGCGUCUCUUCGAACAAUUGAUAGAGGGGGCACUUGUUUUACCGAUAAAUCUCCCCUUUACGCGCUUCAACAGAAGCAUUCGGGCGAGAUCGAAAAUUGGAGCCAUUAUAAUGGAACUAAUACGCGAGAAGAGGGAGAAAGUGGAGAGAGGAGAAAAGGGGCACGAUCUCAUCACCAGCAUGCUGAGCAUGUGCGAUGACGCCGGCUCACCGCUCUUGUCUGACCAGGAAAUCGAGGAAAACUGCGCGGUGGCGAUGAUCGCCGGCCAUGAAACCACCUCCGCGCUUCUCACAUACUUAGUCAAACUCGUAGCUGAACACCCCAGUGUUUAUCAACUUCUCCGCAAAGAGCACGAAGAGAUUGUGCGAGGGAAAAAGGGGGCAAGUGAUCCUCUAACUUGGGAAGACAUUGGUAAGAUGAAGUACACAUGGAGAAUUGGGAUGGAGGUGUUGAGGAUGUCUCCACCGAUAUUAUUCUUGUUUAGGACAGUGCUGCGUGAUACUGAGAUAGGAGGAUAUGUUAUUCCUAAAGGAUGGCAGGUGCUCUGGACAACAUGCAUGACGCAGUUGGAUGGAGCCAUAUACCCGGAUCCGCACAAGUUCAACCCAUCGCGUUUUGAAGAUCAAGCAGCGAUGCCACCACAUACCUUCGUAGCAUUUGGAGGAGGCGCGAGGCUUUGCCCAGGCAACGAAUUUGCGAGAAUGGAGACGUUGGCAAUGCUUCAUUAUUUGAUUACUCGUUUCACUUGGACUCUCUGUUUGAAAGAGAAUACAGUCCGCAGAGAUCCCAUGCCCAUUUUCAAACAAGGCCUACCCAUACACAUUAAAGUCAACAACCCUUAUAAAGCAUGA